AGGAAAGAUCUGGAGGACGAUCACGUCCCAGCGCCUGCCCAUCUCCCCUGACCUCCUGCCUUUCCUCCACAGUGUUCAAGAAAGUCAACUCCAUCUCCAACGAUGUCAGCUCAGCCCAGACCUACUACGAGCAGAAGAUCGCGUCCAUCCAGGAGGACCUCCAGGGGUUGGAUGAGAAGACCUUGGGGAAUUGCUCCCUCUGCCACGAGACAGGACAGCUGGGCCAGGAGAUCACCAAGCUGCAGGGCGAGCUGGAGGAGAUCCAGAAGAUGCUUCUGGUUCAAGAAAUCCUGCUCGACCGGACCUCCCAGACCCACAACCUCCUCUCAUCCGCCAGCAACAAGAUCAUCAGCGAGGUGGACGACUGCUCUUUCUCCAUCCGGCAGGUCAACGAAAGCUUGGGGCGGUUCCUGGCCCAGGUUGGGGGCUGGCAGGUGGUCACCUCCCAGCUCGACGGCUCUCUCAAGGGCUUGGCCCAGGAGCGCUACGAUGUCCGAGCGGCCAUGCAGCAGAUGAACUUCACCCUGGGGCAAACCUCCGACUGGAUCCAGGUCAUCCAGAGGAAGACGGACGAGGAGACGUUGACGUUGCAGAAGAUCGUCACCGAGUGGCAGAACUACCUCUUAGGCGGGCUGCGGGCCACCUCGUCCAAGACCAGCGAGCUGGUGAAGAGCAUCCAAGGCAACGUCGGCGCGGCAGCUCGGCAGGUCGGCCAGAACUCGGAGAGCAUGCACGACCUGGUGCUGCAGGUGAUGGGGCUGCAGCUGCAGCUGGACAACAUCUCCUCCUUCCUGGACGACCACGAGGAGAACAUGAACGACUUGCGCUACCACAACAGGUACGCGCAGAACCGCACGGCCGAGCGCUUCGAGACCCUGGAAGGUCGCAUGACCUCCCACGAGAUCGAGAUCGGCACCAUCUUCGCCAACAUCAACGCCACCGACAGCCACGUCCACAGCAUGCUGCGCUACCUGGAUGACGUCCGCCUCUCCUGCACCCUGGGCUUCCACGCCCACGCCGAGGAGCUCUACUACCUGAACAAGUCCCUCAGCCUGGUCCAGGGCACCACGGACCUGCUGCGGGAGCGUUACAGCCUCCUCAGCGCCCGGUUGGACUUUGACAUCCGCAACCUCUCCAUGGUCAUGGAGGAGAUGAAAGUGGUGGACGUCCGGCAUGGGGAGAUGCUGAAGAACUUCACCGUCUUACGAGGGGAUUAA